AUGUUAGCACUACUAAGAGAAAACAAGUCAGAAUUUGACAAAAAGUAUGCCACAUUGGGCCCCAGACUGAGAGAAGACAAGGUUAUAGUAGUAGGCGAUAGAAUCAAGAACCACGUACAUUUUAGUUACAAUCAUGAAACUGUACCGUUGUUGCCAUGUGAUCAUCCUGUUACCAGAUUAAUAGUUGAAAACGUACACGCUAAAGGACACACAGGGAUAUCAGCAACAGUUGUGAAAGUAAGAUCACACUACUGGGUGAUUAGAUUGAGGCAACUAGUGAAGCGUGUAAAGCAUGAUUGCAUCCCAUGUAGGAGAUUUGAGAAGGAAGCGGCGGGGCAGCAAAUGGCGACCCUCCCCAUCCACAGGUUGAAGCCAUCUCCACCAUGGGCUUACAUCGGGAUCGAUUUAUUUGGGCCAUUUGUGGUUAGAGGAGAAGUGCAAAAGAGAACCAGAGGCAAAGCCUAUGGAGUCAUUAAUUGUCUCGUCACACGAGCAAUUCAUUUGGAUAUAGCAUCAGACUACAGCACAGAAGCAUUCUUACAAGUGUUCCGCAGGUUUGUGUCGGUAAGAGGAUAUCCUAAAGAAGUCUAUACCGAUUGUGGUACGCAGCUCAGUGCUGCUGACAAAGCUUUGAAGAGCUUCGGGGGCGAGCAGGGAGUCAAAUGGAAAUUUACAACGCCCAACGCACCUUGGCAAAAUGGUGUGACCGAGAAUUUGUUGGGAGGGGUAAAGAAAUCUCUGUUCCAUACUAUGGGGGAACAAGUCUUAUCUAUGACGGAACUACAGAAAGUGAUGCUUGAGAUUUCAAACUUGCUAAAUGAUAGGCCUCUCGGAAAGCAUCCUGACAAUCCGGAUGAAGGAAAAUACUUGUGUCCGAAUGACUUGCUACUUGGCAGAUCAUCGACCAAAGUGCCAGAUGGUCCAUGGUGUGGACAGGUCGGACCGAAGCAAAGGAUACAGUUCAUACAGAGUCUUGUAAAUAACUUUUGGAAAAAGUGGACAGCAAACUACUUUACAACACUAAUCAUACGGAAGAAGUGGCAUGUUGAAAAACGGAACUUGAAAAUAAACGAUGUUGUACUAGUGCAGGACAGCAAUGUCUACCGAGGAAAAUGGAAAAUGGGGAUUGUUACAUCGACGUAUCCUGAUGAGCAAGGACAAGUGAGAAAUGUGGAAGUUAGAACGGUGACUGAAACUGGAGUUAUUGUGAUGAUCAAACGUGCUGCCCAGAGACUUGUAGUGUUGAUACCAGUCGAGGAACAAUGA